AUGUGCAGGAUGAGCACUAUUGAAAAUGAACCCUUCACAAUCCUCGAGAAAAUCCCGUUAGAACUCCAUAUGUGGUGGAAUGACUUAGGGGAAGUUAGCAGAGGUACUGCGAUAAAAGCUUUGGGCGGUCUCAUUGGUCUUUUGAAGAUUAAACCGAGGUUGGAUAUAAUUGAGGCUUUAGUACCUUUUUGGGACCCGACGCAUAAUGUGUUCCAUAUCUUUGAUUUUGUGCUAACCCCUACGCUUGAGGAAAUAGCGGGCUAUGCUGGUUUUAGUGGGAAUCUCAGAAACUGGUACCCAGUGGCACCAAGAGUGGUGACUCCUCACAAGUUUCUGGACCUUCUAAGUAUCAGUUGGGAACUCAAAGUUGGAAAUUUGGCUGAUGGAUUUUGCACAUUCUACUUCUUGUACCGUCGUUAUGGGGAUCCCCACGGUUUUGAGGCUCCAGAUACUGGUCUAACUCAUUCAGGGAACAAAGGUAAAUGGGAAGCACGUUGGGGACUGGCUUUUAUAGUGGCAUUCAUGGGCAUCUUAAUCUGCCCAAGAAAGGAUGGACAUAUAGAGUUGGGGCUCGUGGGAACGGCCGACUUCAUGAUUAAAAAGGCUAAUGGCACCAUUGUACCGAUGAUCCUAGCAGAGAUUUAUCGAGCUCUAACUGUUUGCCGAGCAGGGGGAAAUUUUUUUGAGGGUUGCAACAUGCUUUUACAACUUUGGAUGGAAGAACACCUUUGCCAUCAUCCGGGGUACAUGAACUAUGGUAUGACCGGUCUUAACUGCAUUGAAGAACAUGAAAACCGGAUAGAGGGUCAUGAGUUUUCGGAAGGUACGGAGGCAUGGUUCGCACAUUUGAGUUCCUUGACUGCAAAUAAAAUUGAGUGGACAUUCGGUUGGCUCCCGGUCACUAAAGUCAUUUAUAUGUCGGCCGAAGCGUGCUUUCUUCUAUUAAUGGGUCUCCAGAGCAUUCAGCCAUAUGCUCCACACACGGUUCUGCGCCAGCUAGGCAGAUACCAAACUAUCCCUCAUGAUGAAGAUUUGAGUCGACAAGUCAUUGAACUAGGCCCAAAAGCUGCAUUCCCGGAAGAAAAGGUUCGACAGAUUUGGCAUCAGUGUAGGUUCCUGGAGCCAAAGACUCGGGUACGGGAUUUGUCCAAAGGCGAGUUAGAGCCUAGUUACACGACCUGGUAUGGUAAAAGGUUUCAAGUACAUCAAGAGCCCGAACGGCCUUCCAAAAGGCCCCAUGUCCAACAAUUCGAUGAUGGGGCACAAGAGCAAAGGGAUUGUGUACAGGCUGCUGCUGAUGAAGGGGAGAAGAAGAAGUUGGCCCAAGAAAACAAAGCCCUUCGAGCCCAGAUCCAAAAAAUGAAGGUAGCUGCUGAGAUUCAGGAAAGGAGCCGAACGGAUGAAAGACUCAUAAACGGUCUUAGGAGGAAGAUAUCUGAGUACGAGGAUGAUUUGGAAAAAUGCGAGGGUAGUUUGGCAAGAGCCCGGGCACAGUUGGAGAAGAACGUAGAAGGACGGGCAGAGUUUGUCCGGCAAUUGAAAAGGAAAUAUGAUGGAGAAGUCACAAACCUGAAGAAAAAGCUAACUACCUCCGAGAAUAAGAUGGCCAAACAAACAAUGAACUUUAAAGCCGAGAGGGAACAUUGUUAUGCACUAAUGUCUCAGCUAGAAGAAGAUAUGCAAUAG